CGUGUGACGUCACCAUGCCUCAGGUGAGCGUAAUUCGUCAUUUCCUCUCACUAACGCCAUUAUUUAUUUAUUUUUUGCAAACUUCUGCGACUCACCGCAGCAUUUCCUCUCAAACGUUGCCCACUGAUUGACGACGGUCGCCCGUUGUCCGUUUCCUGGCUCGACUCCUUUUAAAUGUUCCGUGAAAUAUAUUGCCGCACAUCAAUAACAAAGCAAAAUGAUUUGGACUUGUCACUUUCACGCGGUACGCAGUUGGAUUGCGAGCAAUCGUUGGCUCAGUCUUUUAUGCUGUCCAAACGUUGUGUUCGAACCAUCCAAAUGUGAUACAUUUGCCAAUUAACGACUGAAAUAAUACACAUUUCUCAUGCGGGGUUUCAUCUUAGACUCGUGAAUUGGAGGCUUUUUGUAAUGUUGGUGCAGGGCAGUACAUUACCAUCUAUCAACUUCAUUUGUUGCGCACUUUUAAAAAAAACAGCUGCAACUGAAACAAAGUGCCGUGCCUGUACAACAACAAAUACAUAAAAAUGCUGUUUGAUGAAAACAUAAUCUUCAAAAACAAAACUAGGCGGGACAUAGAAACCAUCCUGGGACUAAAAUGAAAUGAUCAAACAACUCUUCAUCCAUAUCUCUGCUGUCCCUGUUUCUUUUUUUCCACCUGACAAUUCCUCAAGCUCUCAACCCGUUUUCUUUUUUUUCUGUCAUCUCAUCCUCUGCUGAGUUCUAAAAAAGUGAUAAGCCUAUUAUUACGAUAGAUAUCUAUAUUUAAAAUGUAGCAAGUAAAAGUAAAGUGUCAGAAAAAUACUCUCGUGAAUUACAGAUACAGUUCUGUACUGAGAAAAUCUAAAGCACGGAAAAGUAUUCCUACUUUGUUACUUUCCGUCACUGGCGACAGUGCGUUUGGCAUGUCACCCACCGAAUUCCCAAAAGCCCCACCCAAACUGCAACCGGCUAGUCAUUGGCUGCAAGGAACCGUGAGCUAUUCAAUAUUGACUUUAGCAGUCAGGUGGAGCCGGAUGAGGUCCGGGUGUGAAGGCUUGCCGCUUAACUUUUUUUUUUUUUGCCAGUGCUGUUCAACCUUCUUGACUGGCAACAUGGAUAUGCAGCGCAAAUACAUCUGCGGGCUGUGGCUCAGCGUACAGGUGGGCUUUGCUUUGGACUCGGUGAGAUUUGCGAAUCCCCCCCUGGAGCCUGUUGCCCAGCAUCCUCUGGAGGUUUUCUACUCUUGUGAUGCACCCGCUACUGUACAACUGGACUGUAUGGUGACUUUCGACAUUGGCGACAGUUUCACGUCGCUGCUAAGACGAUGGCAUUGCCUCCCGGGAAAACCCCGAAAAAGGACCCUGAGGGUGAGCCUGCCCGAUUGGUUGGUUUACAGACCGGACGGGAUUGUUCCCGAGUCUCGAUGGGUGUUGAGCUGCAUCCUGGGAGCAUCCGUCAGGUACAGGCACGAAACCAAUGGCGAGUGGACGGUGGAGGCGCAAGACGUUGCAACUUUACAGCCUCGGUCCAAAUAUAGUCGACCCACCAAGCGGCAUCUUGUCUGCUUCACUUGGGGUGCGAGAAUGCUGCGAUUUGUGCAAGACCACGCAAAGAAACAGUGUCCGGUGGAGCAGGAAACGGUGCCUUUGCUGUCCUCAAUCUUCGCCUCCACUGGGGGAAAAUUCGGCAUCGUCAAGAAUCUUCGGCCCCACGCCAGCGACGUUCUGGAGCACCUGCGACUGCAGUCCCUCAUGUUCCCCUGGUCCAUGUUCUCCAUCUGGCUCAUGGUGACCCGACACUGCCAGGAUAGCACGUGCGGCGUGCUUCACCACAUCGACCCCCACAACAACUACGCUACGCCCGCGAUACUCCUCACUCAAUCAGGCUUGCUGCAUGUCCAAGUGCACGGCGGGCCGGGGGAAUCCACCGCCAUCCUCUUCCCGCACCGGCUGCCUUUGAGCGAGUGGUGUCAGCUCACCGUGGCGCUGCGAGGCAGAGAGGUGAAAAUCACCAUCGUGUGCUUGGGUGAGGAGUUCGGAGCGGCGAAGUCCACGGAGAACAGGUUGCGCCAUGACAUCAGGCUGGACGACACCGACGGCUACUUUGUGAUCGGUGGGGGGAGGUAUGUGAAGGGCACCCAAGGUUACUUUGGGCCGUCAGUUUACUACCGCAACAGAGCGCCGAUUCAGAGCCCGUCAGAAGUCGUUCUUCCCAAGGUCGUCCGAGACGUGGACCUCACGAGAUGGAUGCACGCCUGCCGACAAUUUUCUCUCCAUGUAAACCAGAGUGUGCGCUUCUACUCCCUCCUGGCUCGGCACAGCCAAGAGUCAGGCAACCGUUUGGGGGCGUUUCACAGCGGGAAACGGAAGGAUACCCCGAACACGUGCGAGUUAUGGGAGGCGACGUUUCCGCGAUAUGUCGCCAAAAUUGCGGAAUAUUUGGCUUUCAAACGUGGAGGACGAGGUGUCAGCCCUGAAGCGGUUGGCCGAGCGCUGUAUUCUCUGUCCCUUCGCAAACUAGCCACAGCAAGCAGCGAGCGAGUGUUGGCUCAAAUAUUACCUCCGCUGCUCAAAGCCGCCUGCUUGAAUAACACCGCAGCUCUGCACAUGUCCUCGGUUCUCUACAGUUUGGGUGUGGGAGUGGACAAAAAGCCCAAUAAGGCGUGGCUGCUGGCCCUGUUGGCCGCCCAGAAGAGCCAUCGCUUGGCUCUGCUGCAACUGGGCCACCUGCACCACCUUGGCCUCCACGGCGUCAGCGCAGAUGAGGACGUGGCCUAUGCUUACUACGCCAACGCGGCCAAGCGCACCAUUGCGGAUCGGCAGAAUCCCACGCCGAAACAGGUGUACGUGGAGGACGUCUAUCUGCACAAUGACGAGAUCCUGGGCCUUCAGACCAACGAAAACCAUCACAUUUUCCAGUGGCUGAAGUUUCAGGCGAACCAAGGUGCCCCUGACGCUGAGCAAGCGGUGGCUCGCAUGCUGUUCUGGGGUCAGCGAGGGGUGUCACCCAACAUGAAGGCGGCUCUACGGCACUAUGAGAGGGGGGCGGUCCGCCUGGAGGACCCCGUGUCCAUGUACGACUUUGCCAUCGUCCUCUUGCAGGGCCACGGCGUCGAAAAGGACAUUCCCAAAGCCAUCAAGUUAUUGAAGAAAUCAAUGGACAAGGGUUUCGUCCCCGCCAUCAGCGCACUGGCCUGGUACUACGAACGCUUGGAGUUGAACUACGAGAAGGCGGUGGAGCUGUGGGAGCAGGCCGACGCCCUGGAGAGCCCGGACGCCGCUCUCAACCUCGGGAUCGUCCACUCGCUCGGCCUUUACCCGCAGAGACCUGCCGACCAGUACGUGGCCUACAAGUACUUCCUGAAGGCUGCGGAGCGAGGACACAUCAGGGGCGUGGCCGAAGUCGCCGACGUCUGGUCCACCGGGCUGCCCGGCCGCGUCAGUCGCCGGCCGCUGGAUGCUGUCUUAUGGGCCAAGUCGGCGGCGGAGCAAAAUGGCUACCUGGGUCGUUUGCUACGGCAAGCCCUGGACGCCUUCCUCAACAAUGAGCUGUUUGUCUCGCUGGUGUAUUACAUGAUGGCGGGCGAGCUGGGCGUGGCGGCGGCCCACUUCAACGCGGCGUAUCUCUGCGAUCAAAACGAGGGGGGUUUCCUGCCUCCGGCGUUUGCGCUGCGCUGCAAGAGAAAAUAUUAUAACCUCUCAAUCCACCAUCAGGAAGCCGAGCCUUACGCUCUGCUGCGGAUGGGCGACAUGUGGCGCGAGGGCCUGGUGGAUGGCCGCGAGAGCUCGGCUUCCGCCGCAGAGAUGUACAAACUGGCGGCGCUAAGGAACGAGCCGCAGGGUUGGUACAACCUCGGCUUGCUGGUGGAAGAGGGCUUCAGGCCACCAACGGCGCUGCUCGCCGAGCUCGGCCUUUCCCGCUUCACGUUUGCGGACGAGCACUCGCUUGCGACUGCCUUGUACCAAAGGUGUCGAGACUCUGGAAAUUCCGACUCCUUUUUGCCUUGCAGCUUGGCUCUGCUCAGCGUGUAUCUGCGGGGCUUCCACAAGGAGCAUUGUGCGCUUCUCAAGUUGUUCGCCACCGUUGCCGCAGCUGCACCGGUUGUCCUCGUGGUCCUGGGCCUCCUCGGUCGACGGAUCUUAGCGCGAACUUAACAGCGGCGGCGACCUCCGCGGUCCAUUUCGCGUCUCAAAGGAUUGAUGGUUGACCAAACAAAUGGAUGUGCGCUACUGAAGUUCCGAGUGUGUUUGCGGAUACGUUUUUUUUUUUUUUUUUUUUAAAUCAAGAAGAGCACUGUACACCGUUUUUAUUCUGACCCUCUGGAUUCUGCCACAGGAAGAAUGGAUGCAAUUGUAUUUCCAAUGAAAUAUGAUGUCCACUCACUCUCAUCGUUUGGGUUUCCUUCGUGGGGGUCCGUUUUAACGGUGAACCCAAACUGCCUCGUAUUUCAUGCAGACAGCAAAUUGAUGACGAACUAUAGUUCUGUCCAUUUUUGUUCAAAUAUUUAUUG